UGCACCUCGGCUGCUCAUUCCUCCUGCAUGCAGGAACGAGCACACCGACUUCCUUCCGUCUUCUCUGAUAAAUACUUGGUCAGUUGCAUCCCUGGGCUUCCAUUUCCACAAAAAAAUAUGCACAUGCACAGUGAGCACCACUCAGCCUCCUUUGGUCCGGCAGAGAGGUAAAGGAGCAAUUGACUGGAUUAAUUGGCGGCCAGGAGGCGAAUGGCGAACAUGAAGCUAGGUUCCAAGCCGGAGAUAUUCGUCCUUGAAGGCCUGACAUGGAGAUGCAUGACCGAGCUUGAGAGUGAUGUUGUUGUCGAAGUAGGAGAGAUGUCCUUUUACCUCCACAAGUUCCCGCUGCUCAGUCGGAGCGGCGUGCUGCAGCGGAUGAUCACCGAGUACCAGCCGCCGGCGGACGGCGGCGGCAUGUGCACGCUGCAGCUGGACGACGUCCCUGGCGGCGCCAAGGCGUUCGAGCUGGCGGCCAGGUUCUGCUACGACGUCAAGAUCGAGCUCAACGCGCUGAACGUGGUGUGCCUCCGCUGCGCCGCCGAGUACCUGCGCAUGACGGACGACUACGCCGAGGGCAACCUCAUCACGCAGGCUGAGUCCUUCCUCUCCGACGUGCUCGCCAACUGGAAGGACUCCAUCAAGGCGCUCGAGACCUGCGAGGGCGUCCUCCCCACUGCCGAGGACCUGCAUCUCGUCUCCCGCUGCAUCACCGCGCUGGCGUCCAAGGCCUGCGCCUCCGACGCCGCCGCGAAGCCGCUCAGGAACGCCAGCCUCGACAGGGACGCGCUCUGGAACGGCAUCGGGUCGGGGGACACGCCGCGCGGGCUCGCCGCUGCAGCGGCGGCGGUCGUGGUGGCGUCCGGGAUGGACUGGUGGUACGAGGACGUGUCGUUCCUGAGCCUUCCCAUGUUCAAGCGGCUGAUCCAGGCGAUGGAGGCGAAGGGCAUGCGCGCCGAGAGCAUCGCCGGCGCGAUCAUGUUCUACGCGGGGCGGUUCCUCCCGGGGCUGAAACGCAACACCAGCUUCAGCAACGCUUUGACCGGCUUCGGCGGCGACGGCAUGGGCAGCCGCAACGUCACCCCGCGCGCCGCCAACGUCUCGGCGCCGUCGGAGGGCGACCAGAGGUACUUCCUGGAGGAGAUCGUGGCGCUGCUGCCGACCAAGAAGGGCGUGGCCUCCACUAAGUUCCUGCUCGGGAUGCUGCGCACGGCGAUGCUCCUCCACGCCAGCCCGCUGUGCCGGGAGAACCUGGAGCGGCGGAUCGGCGCGCAGCUGGAGGACGCGUCGCUGGACGACCUGCUCGUGCCCAACCUCGGGUACACCGUCGAGACGCUGUACGACAUCGACUGCGUGCAGCGGAUCCUUGAUUACUUCAUGUCAUCGACGGACGGGCUCGGGACGGGGUACACGUCGCCGGCAGUGGGGGAGGAGGGCAGCGGCAGCAUCGGGGCGCCCCAGGGCGGGACGCCAUCGUCGUCGCUGUCGCCGAUCUACAUGGUGGCUAAGCUCAUGGACGGGUACCUGUCGGAGGUGGCGCCGGACACCAACCUGAAGCUGCCCAAGUUCCAGGCGCUCGCCGCCGUGGUGCCCGACUACGCGCGCCCCGUCGACGACGGCAUCUACCGCGCCAUUGACAUAUACCUCAAGUCGCACCCGUGGUUGUCGGAGUCGGAGCGGGAGCAGCUGUGCCGGCUGAUGAACUGCCAGAAGCUGUCGCUGGAGGCGUGCACGCACGCGGCGCAGAACGAGCGCCUGCCGCUGCGGGUGGUGGUGCAGGUACUCUUCUUCGAGCAGCUCCGCCUCCGCACGUCCAUCGCCGGGUGGUUCUUCGUAUCUGACAACGCGGCGGCGGGCGACGGCGCACGCCCGCACCCCGGUGGCCCCAUCGUCCCCAAGGGCGCCGCCGCCGUCGCAGCCAGCGCGCAAGCAGGGGUCCACACCGACGCGCCUGAGGGGAAGGAGAGCAUCACCGACGUGACUGCGCGGGUGUCGGAGCUGGAGAAGGAGUGCAAGAGCAUGAAGCAGGAGAUCCGGCGGCUCGGGAAGCCCCGGAGGUCGUGGAGCAUCCUCACCAGCAAGUGCGGCUUCGGGGCCAAGGUGCAACAAGCGCAGCCCGCCAUGAGCGGCAAAUAGAUUCUUCUCCCCUUUCAUCAGUUUAGCACUAUGCCUGAACCAUGAUAGCAAGAUGCGGUACAACGAAGACAACAAAUAUGAACAUAGAGUACGCGUUUCAGUAGCAGUUUGACAAGGUCAAAAACAAGUGAUCUCCAGCGGUGCAAAGAAUUACUC